GAUAUUGAAUCACAUAACUCCUAAAACUUAAAUCGUAAGUUAUAAAAUCCUAAACACUAAAUAGUAACUCCUAAUUAUAGUUAUUUAUUUAUUUAUUUGGCUGCCCCUCUCUCUCCUUGUAUAAACCUUAAACCCUAAAAGAACACAAUAGUGAGAGAUUAUUGAGAGGCUGUGUUAAUGGCGUCGAAUAAUAUGGCUAGCAACGUGGUGAUAUGGGACCAGGACACCUGUCAGAUACCCAGUGGUGUUGAAGCUUCAUCUGUAUCAAUGGCGAUUCAAAAGGUUCUGAGGAAUUCGGGAUUUCAUGGUAAAAUAGAGAUUAUCACGAGCUUCCACCGAUCAAAGUCAUCUGCAGACACCCUCAAAGCCAUCGAGAAGAGUGGAAUUACAUACGAAGAAAGCAAAUUUGUGGAUAAAGAUGCGGCGAACAUGGUUCUGAAACUGGCUUUGUAUAAAUGGACAAAGCAAAAUAGGAUUCCAGCAAAUGUAUUCAUGAUUUCAGGGGAUGGUGGGUUUCUGGAAGAGGUCAAUACCUUAAAACAUUUGGGCUAUCAGGUACACUGGUCUUAUCGACCAGACUCGGUUAACGACGCGAUUAGCCACUCAAUCGACCCAAAGCUGUCUUGGUAUUCUUUGGUAAGAGGACUUGGUUUUUGGGAUCUGGUUCUUUCUUUGAGUAGUGUUGCAUCAUCUUGAUAAUCCUAAAUAAGCUAAGGAUUCCAGUGUCAUUCAUGAGAUAUGGUCACAAGAAGAAGUUUUAGGAUCUCUAUUUUUUUAUAUUGCAAAACUGUGUGGCUUAAAUAAAGCAAAUGUAUUUUAAAAAAAUCCCCAAAU